AUGAGCUUUAAAUUUGUUCAAGUCAACCUAAAUCAUAGUUGGACAGCUUUUGAUUUGCUCAAACAGAAUGUUUUAGAAUCAGAGAUCAAACUAUCCAUUAUAUCGGAACCUCCCAUUAACGUUAUGUCUUCCAAUUGUUGGUUUCCCAGUUUGGAUAAGUUGGCAGCAAUUUACUGGAAUCUGGAUAGCCCUAAACUUACGGGAGACAUGUGUAGACUGGUCAGAAGCGGAGUUGGUUUUGUCGCCAUUAAAUGCAAUAAAUUUUAUGUGCUUUCUUGUUACAUUUCGCCCAAUGUUACAACUAUGGUAUUUGAGGAUAUAUUGGAAAGCAUAAAUUGCUGUAUGAAUGCUCUUCCGGGUCCUUUUAUCAUCGGUGGCGAUUUUAAUGCCCAUUCGGUUCUCUGGGGUUCCUCCCAUACCAAUAGAAGGGGAGCCCUGCUGGAGCGUUGGGCUGCUUCCGGAGAUUUGCGUCUUAUAAAUAAGGAUGGUGCUUUUACAUGCAUUAGGCCUCAAGGUAGUUCUGUUGUUGACUUAACCUGGGCCUCAUCUGGAAUUUUUGAACGUAUAAGUAAUUGGAGAGUUCGUGAGGACCUUGAAUCCUUAUCGGAUCACUUGUAUGUCAAUUUUGAGGUUUUGGACAAAAACAAAAGUUAUGAACUUCCAACUAACAAAAGAUGGAACUUUAAAAAGAUGGACGUAGAAUCAUUUGUUAACUCCUUAGAAUUCCUAGCUACAACUCAAGUAUCUGAAGAAACUUUGCGCUCUCCUGAGCUUUAUUCAAAAUGGAUAACUAAAAUAAUGAAAGAUUCAUGUAAUAUCUCAACCCCCAUAGUGUCGAUUAGGAAAAACCGUAGGCUCUCAUUUUGGUGGUCAGAUGAAAUCGCCAACUUAAGAGCUAACUCCGUCAAAGCGCGCAGGCAUUUGGUUCGUAGUAGACGAAAUAGAAUCUUAAUAGAUGAAGCGGAAUCCGCAUAUAGGAUAGCUAAGAGAGCUUUACGUAAAGCCAUUAAACAGGCUAAGAAUAAAUCAUGGGGUGAGCUCAUUCACACAAUAGAUAAAGACCCCUGGGGUCUUCCUUACAAGAUAGUCUUGGGGAAACUACGUAGAUCUAGUCCCACAAU